AAAGUCAACCAGUGAACGAGUUUUUUACAGUUGACCACUAAAUCCUCACACGCGGGUCGAAGAAGUCACGUGGUUUUCUACGUUUAGCAACUUACUAUUUUCAGACUCCAUCUUGCUCUGUUAAGAAUGGGAAAGACUCCUGGUAAAUGGAUCAAGACUUUGCUUCUCGGGAAGAAGUCCCCCAAGUCGAAUCCGGAAAACCGAAGCCAGAAACUGAAAUCUGCUAAGAAAGAAGAGCUGGUGGCAUCGGUGACAGAAGAUUUUUCAAACUUAACUGUUGAUCCUCCAGUGGUUUCAUCACAACCAGUUCCAGCUUCUACUGCUCAAAAUUUGGUUUCUCCAGUCAAUGGGGAUGAACUUAAGGAUACUCUCGAGUCAAGGAAUGACUUGGGAGAACUCGAGCUUGAACAAGCUGCAAUCAAGGUUCAAGCUACCUUCAGAGCUCAUCAGGCACGUAGAGCAUUUAGAACUCUUAAAGGUAUCAUCAGGCUGCAGGCAGUUAUCCGUGGUCACUUGGUGAGAAGACAAGCCAUUGCUACAUAUUCAUGUAUAUGGGGAAUUGUGAAGUUUCAGGCUCUUGUUCGUGGCCAGAAAGCUAGAUCUUCAGAUAAUGGGAUUAUAUUUCAGAAAACACAUAUGGAAGCAAGUGAUUCAGAAGCUUUGCAAUUGAGCAGCACGUGUAGUUGGAUGGAUAAUCCCACAAAGUUCGUCCUUGUUGAUAAGCUUCUAGCUUCUUCACCAACUGCAUUGCCUCUGAAGAUCCAAUAUGGUUCUGAGGAACCUAACUCAGCCAACGUUUGGCUUGAACGCUGGACACAAUUACAAGUUUGGUCUUCUGGUUCACGAGUACCUAGGAUUGAGAUUCCAAAAUCUCAGUCAAAGAAGCGAAACUAUCAAGCUGUGGUUGAAGCAGAAAAGACAAGGCCAAAGCGAGGUAUCAAGAAACCAUCCGGCACAACUAGUGGAACUGGCUCUAGCCGUUUUACAGCUGAAAGUAGUAAACCAAAACGAAAUGUGAGGAAGGCUUCCACGCUUCGUAAAGAUCCCCUGAGAAAUGAGAGUGACAAAGCAAAGCACAAGUCGAGAAAAAGUAGAAGCGGCUUAAAGGAGGGGUCUCCUUUGGAGAUUAAAGAUGAGAAGCCCAGUCCUAGUUUCAGAAGGUCUUCUCUUUCAAACGGGUCAAAGAAAGCCACCCUUAGAUCUGCUGAGAAGAAGAAGAAAGAAAUUGCAGAUUCUGUGCAGAUAGAGCCUGAAGGGAAAGUUUCAGAGAAUGUUCUUGAAGGAGGAGACAGUAUUGAGUUUGCUGAAAAGAAGAAAGAUACUGCAGAUUCUGUGCAGAUAGAGCCUGAAGGGAAAGUUUCAGAGAAUGUUCUUGAAGUAGGAGACAGUACUGAGUUUGCUGAAAAGGAGGAAGAUACUGCAGAUUCCGUGCAGACAGAGCCUGAAGGGAAGGUUCUUGAAGGAGACAAUAUCGAGUCUUCUGGAAAAGAAAAAGAUACUGCAGAUUCUGUGCUGAUAGAGUCUGAAGGAAAGGUUCUUGAAGGAGGAGACAAUAUUGAGUUUGGUGAAAAAGAGGAAGAUACUGCUGAUGCAGUUCCCAUCGAUUUUGAUGUAGUAAAAGAUGGGAAGUCACCAGUUUUGGUUAGACCGGAGGAAGAUGAACCCAAAACUGCAGAGACCAGUGACAAAGGCGAAGAACUUAAAUGCUCCGAUGUGAAGGUAAGCUCUGAGAAUGGUAAUGUUGGUUCUGAUAACACAAAGUCAAGUGAAAGACGAUCGUUGCUGCCAGCAAAUAUUGAAAAUCAAGAUGAUGGGCUUACACAUAGCGUACGGAAAAUCCCCAGCUACAUGGCCCCGACUGCAUCUGCAAAGGCCAGAGUCAAAGGAGAAGCCUCUCCGAGGUUGGCCCAAGUGAAGACUGAGAUAAACGGGGCAUUGCGGCGCCAUUCGCUGCCUUCUCCAGCCAAUGGUAAGCUGAGUACUACUAUGUCUCCAAGGGCUCACAAACUUCUCCUAGCCUCAGCCAAAGGAUCUAUGAAUGGCGACAAAUCUUUUACUUCUUCCAAAGACAUAAGUCACAAGUCAACCAGAACCGACUGGAAACGGUGAAGGCUCAGGCAAAAGAGAGUGUCAUCUUAUCAUCUUACAUGGUCGAAUUCAGUUACUUAGUGUGUUUCCUCUGCGUUUUGGUUUUGUUUGGUGAGUUUAGAGAGUGUUUGGUCAGUGUUCAUGUUUAUAACAUCCUUUUCAUAUGUUGCUUCAGUUUACUCUGAUAUGUUUAAAGACACAAAAAGGUUUAAGUAAAUAGUUCAUCUCUGU